AUGACUCAAGGACAAAUAAAAAAAAAAGUCUCAGCAUCGAAAUGUACUAAGAGACAUAACAAGCCAGUUUUUUCAAAAAAGUCAUACUUGAAAAGUAGUAAUAAGAAAGUUAGGAAGGGUAAAGAAGUGGUUAGCAUUAAACAAAUUGAGUCUUUAAUAGCUGGAACUGCUAUAUCUGGAAGUGAGCACAUAAAACUUUUAUCAAGAAGUAUAGGGAGUAAGGGAAAUAAAUAA